AUGAGUUCUCCGUCUCCAGCUCCUUUUGUACCUCCUAUUUGGCCUGCUACCGUAUUCUAUCUCUCAUCUAUUCUAAUACUUCCUCUGUAUUUUUUUGUUUUCAUCUCACUUUUUAGUCUUCGAUAUGUCUCCAAAACUUAUAACACUACUUUUUAUACAAUUUUGUUACAACAUUGUAUCGCGGAUCUGUUCGCAAUGUGUUUCUAUUUUGUGAUAAUAGUGGCUCGAGGAAUAACUUUUAUAAGAGAGUUAUACUUUGAGUAUCAGGAGUUUUAUAUAGCCGCAGCAGCCUACAACCAUAUUUACUACACCUUGUAUAUCCGAUGCUCCGGAAUAGUUUUGCUUUCAUUUCAGCGUUUUCUAGUGAUCAAAUACACACAUACCAAAAUCACUACAAAAGUUCAAUCUGCACCAAAAUGGGCAAUAAUAGGUGUCUAUUGGGUCGUUCCAACUCUGAUAAGUUUGGUAGUUUUGAAAGAUACAAAUUUCAAAUAUGAAAGUUUUGAAACGAUGGCUGUAAUUGCUGAACAAGAGGUGAUACAGAGAAACACAUUGAUGGCUCUAAUUAUUGUCAGUUUGACUUGCAUUCUGUGCUCUGUAGCUUACGGAGCACUGUAUAUUUUUGUCCGAAAGAAUUCUGUCAGACUGUCCAAGUAUGAUCCGGGUUUCAGAUUAACUUUUCAGAAAACCAUUUCCAGAUCUCUCCGUCGAGAAAUUUCUCUUGCAAUUCAAGUUUUUAUUUUACUUUUGGCAUUUUUCGCAAUCCUUGUUUACUAUUCGUUUCAAAACUAUUUCGCGCAGACUCAUAAUACAGGACCCAUUUUCUACAUGCGUGGAAUUUAUCCAAUGGCGAAUGGGUUUCUCUCAUAUAUGAACCCGUUUUGUAUACUAUUCCUCAAUAACGACCUGACAAAACAAGUGAUCAGAUCAUUGACUUGCAAAAAAUUCAAAUUGAGUGACGCUCAAGUAUCUGGAAUAAUUUCAAAUUCGAGCAAGCAGCAACAAAGGAAGGGUAUCAAUCAAGUCACUUUUUUGAGGAAAGUUGUUUAUUGA